UGUCAAUUAAUAACUAUUAAAAAUAAAUUAAUAUAAAAGCAAUUUAGGAAUAUCUUCAUACUUGCUUAAAUAUUAUAAGGAGUUAAAAGAAGUUAGUUAGUUAGUUAAAAACCUUUGUUCAUUUCUUAUAAAAAUAAUAGCUGCUAUAAGAAAUUCACAUUUAUUUUUUAUUCAGAUAUACAUAUGAAAGACUCUGCUUAGAUAACAAAUCUCCCUAGUUCUAAACCAGGGACAUCAUAAUCAAAUAAAAGAAAAAUCAGCUUACAGAACUAAAUAGUUUCUUCAAAUCUAACUUCUAUAGAUAUGUUAGAAAAUGAUAUAAUUUAGCUUUAAUAAUAAAAAAAGAACUAAUGGGAAGAUAAUGUUACAAAACCCCCUAGUGCAUUAGCAAAGAAAAGAAACAAUUAUCAAUAUACAACUUAAACAAGUAAUUAAGGAUAAGGCGAUCCAUAUAAUCCAGCAAUAAAUUAAUAAGGUCAAGUUUCUCGUAAAGGCAGCAGACCAGCAAGUUAAGGUACAACUAAAGCAACAUAAUUUAUUAAGAAAUAAAGCGACGAUUUAGAUGCUCCUCUUGAAGAUUUUGGCUUAGAAUAGAAGUACCAAAUUACUGUAAAAAACAGUAAGCGAUCAACUGGUAUGAGUUUUUAUCAAAAUGAUAGUCCAAGAGGUUUAUCCUCCACAAAAACUAAAUUGUUAGAAAAUGUAGCUAAACAAAAUGUUGUAGAUUAUCCAAAUAAAAUUGAAGGGCCAACACCUAAAAUUUGGCAUCCAAAAAUGGAAGAAUAUUAAAAUAAAGGAGAAGAGUGGAAUUAAAACAUUGAAUUUAAUAAGCAAGAUGAAAUGAUAAAAUAAUUAGAAAAAUAAAAACAAUUCAGAGAAAAGACUCGUUAGACAUUCUUAGAAAAUUUCAAAAGGAAUUUGAAUGCGGAUAUAAAGCAAAAACAAAAUACUUCUUUUUAAAUCUAAUUAUCAGGAUUAAAUACAGUAAAAGAUGAAUGUUAAAUAAAAACAUAAUAUAAAAAUGAGCAAAUCAAUGGCCAAACAGGGUAAAGCACAAUAACAAAAGAAAAUAAUUAAUAAAUAUCAAAUUUAAACGCUACUCUUGGCAGUAUGCAGCGAUAUCCAAGAUUAAAUUCAGCUAUUUCUAGGUGCGGAAACACGAUUUAGGCACUUUAAUAGGAUAGUAACAACUAGCAAAAUGAAACAAGAAGGAAAAGAGUGAUGAGCCAAUAAGAAUAUGGGAUUCAUUAUGAUUAUAAUCUGCGAGCUAUAGGCACAAAAGGAAUGUUUGUAUUAGAAGACUAAAAUAAAAAUAGUAAUGCUUAAUAAAUAUAAGGAAAUAACGCUUAUUAUGUAGAUAGCAAUGAAACUAAAUCUGAAUAAAUUUGCAAAGUAGGAAGCCUAUUAAGAAGUAUAUAAAGUGCAAAAGAAGCUACAAGGAAUAACGAAAACAUGAAUGGUGGCGAAGUUAUUAAUAUAAAUCUAACGAACUAGAAGCUAAUUGAUAGUGUAAAUAAUGGCGAUUAUAAUGGAUCUAAUAAACUUGUAGCUUCUUAAAAUUAAUUUCCUUACAGAGUAAAUAAAGUUAGGCCGUAAACAUCAUCAAAUCCGAUUGAGUUUAUAAACUCUAAAAUUUAAUAGUAAAGUAGAAAUUCACCAAAAAGAGAAAACUUUAUCUUCGAAUUUAAAAAUUAAAAACCUAUUCCAUACAAUUCAGAGACAGAUCGUAAAAAUUAAUCUUCUCUCUGCAAAUCCCUACAACAUACUACUAAGUGUAACUAGCAAGUACUAAAUAUUACAGAUUAGAAUGUUAUUGAUGAGUUAGACCGCUUUGAUGAGAAGAUGGAAGAAAAUUAAAAAAUGAAAAAAAUAAUGAGUAGGAUGUAUCAUCAAAAUAAAGGAUUUUGUGGGAUUACUAAAAAAGAAAAUGAAAUGCUUAAUACAGUAGAAGGGUUUAGAAAAGUUAGAGCUAAAAAAUCGCUUCCAAGCUAUCCGUUUUGUUUAAGUUUUGAUCCUUUCUGA